UGGAAUGUAUUUGAUGGGGGCUUUUCCAUGUUGUUUAACUACUAAUUUGUUUAUUUUAAACUAAAUCGAUGUUGAGUAUCUGUGAUCUGAUAGCCUGUGUCUGUGAUCUCGGUUCCUCCAUGUAUUGUUUUCAAUUAUUCAAGGGAUUGAUUCCAAAUCCUAGAAUACCAAUGGCCUGCGCAGUGUUUUCACAUUUUUCUUAGCUAAUAUUCAUGGCAGGCGGCAAUUCGACCGUUCUCAACGGUCUGUAGGUAGUAUUUACAUAAUUAGGAUAUAGAAUUUCAACAAUCCAGGAUGGCUGACUCUUAUUACUAUUAUAACAAUAACAUGAAUUACAAUCAUUACAAUGCAAACCCGCAAUAUCAACAAUUCAAUGUUCCGCCACCGCCGCAACCCCAGUGGAAUGAAUGGAUGCAUCAGAAUGUACCUAACUCACAAUUUAACUCUUAUGGGGCAUUCAAUUCGUAUAUACCACCACCUGACUUCAGUGUGCCCCCACCUAAUAUAACAGUGCCACCACGAGCACCCCCACAAAUGGGCAUACAAUAUAACUCUAAUAGUAACCCGGUUCAACAUCAGAAUUAUGAUAACCAGUUUUCGAAAGACCUACAUUCAUACAGGAUGCCGCAGAAUGGAUAUUGUUCCACAUCGACUCAACAAAAUUCAAAGGAGACCUUUAGACCAAUAAUAAGUGAUCAAAAUGGAAGAUAUGAAAGGCCAUACAGAGAAAGAAGUCGAUCACCAACCAGGGAUGAUAGGAGACCUAAUUAUAAAAAGCAGUACAGCACACCAGUUAUUAGCAAUGGUAAAAAAGUACCUUUUGCUAGAACUAGAUUUGAUAAAUAUAUUCCCAGUAAUAAUGCAAACAAACCUAGUGCAAGAAGAGAUGCCAAAGAGAAAUCUGAAAGGGACAUUCUGUUGUGCAAUUAUCGCAAGGAUUAUUGUGCGACCAGAGAAGAAAUAACCACUAAAUUAGAAGAAUUAGCUAAACAGGACGACCUUCUGGAGAAGGAAAAGGAUAUUUGGACGAGGACCACUCCGGCAGAUUUACAUUACAAACGUGAUGACGAUAAUCCGAAAAUUAUAAAGGGAACACCCAAAUUAUUGCAACUUUGUGAACAAUUUAAAACGAAAUUAAUUAAUAGAAGGGCUAACGCUAACAAGAACAAACCCGAGUACAUUCCACCACCCAGGAAAAAUAGAGCCAAAUUAUGUACACAUAAAAGUGAGGUGCAUAGCUCCUCAGAUAGUUCUAGCGAGGAAGACCUGACGGACGAGGAGGACUACACCAUGGAGGAGCUGGAGAGGAAACAGAAGCACCCCGACCGACUUCAUCCGGAAAUGUGGUACAACGAUCCCGGUGAAAUGAACGACGGACCACUUUGCAGAUGUUCGAUGAAGUCGAGGAAGUCUGGCAUCAGACAUGGAAUCUAUCCCGGCGAGAAGACUCAAGUGAAAUGCGAUCUCAAUUCAAAUAACGCGGAUAAAUUGUAUCAUUAUCGAAUUACAAUUUCCCCACCAACAAAUUUUCUUAUUAAAACGCCCACUAUUAUUCAACAUGACGAACACGAGUUUAUUUUUGAGGGAUUUUCGAUGUUUUCUCAUUUUCCUUUAGUUAAAUUACCUACCUGUAAGGUUAUCCGAUUUAAUAUUGAGUACACCAUAUUUUACAUUGAAGAGAAGCUGCCAGAAAACUUCACCAUCCAGGAAUUAGACCUUUUUCAUGAGUAUCUUUUCACUGAAAUCUUAGAACUUGUUGAUCUAGAUUUUAAAGGUCAUGGUGAUAAAGAUGGAUGUUCGCAGUUCCACUUCAUGCCGCGCUUCGUACGUGAAUUGCCAGAUAAUGGUAAAGAAAUAUUGUCCAUGAAUGAGGUACUCAAGUAUUUGAUUGAAAAAUCUGUGCCACUAAUAAGAAAGGAUCAGUUGGAGGACAUGGUUAAUAUGAGUCAAUAUGAGUGGCAAAGCUUUGCAGAUGAAGUUAAGGGAAUGGUUGUGACUUAUCCUGGCAAAAAGCCAUGCUCAGUUAGAGUAGAUCAGCUAGACAGGAAUUUAGACCAACAGAAACCAGGAAAUUAUCAAUUUCCUGAAAUCGUGCAUUUCGGAAUUAGACCACCUCAAUUAAGUUAUGCAGGAAAUCCUGAUUAUCAAAAAGCCUGGCGAGAUUACGUGAAAUUUAGACACCUGCUGGCAAAUAUGUCCAAACCGUCCUUCGAUGACAAAAGGAAGCUUGAAGCUAAAGAGAAUAAACUACAAGAAAUGAGGACUCAGGGUAAAAUGAAACGAGAUGUCACAGUCGACAUAUCUUCGGAGGGAUUUUAUCGCACUGGAAUUAUGUGUGAUAUUAUACAACAUGCCAUGUUGAUACCAGUUUUAGUUUGUCAUUUGAGAUUUCAUCAUGCCUUGGACGUUCUGGAAGCAACUAUUAACUAUAAAUUCAACAAUAGAAGUCUUCUUCAGCUGGCAUUGACGCAUCCAUCGUACAGGGAGAAUUUCGGCACAAAUCCAGAUCAUGCACGUAACAGUCUGACCAAUUGCGGCAUCCGACAACCUGAGUACGGAGAUCGAAGGAUCCAUUACAUGAACACAAGGAAAAGAGGCAUUAACACGCUCAUCAAUAUUAUGUCCAGGUUCGGGAAACAGAAAGAAACUGAAUCGAACAUUGGCCACAAUGAACGGUUGGAGUUCUUGGGCGACGCGGUGGUAGAAUUUUUGUCGUCGAUUCACCUUUUCUUUACGUUUCCUGAUCUUGAAGAAGGAGGUUUGGCAACUUACAGAGCUGCAAUCGUACAGAAUCAGCAUUUGGCCGUGCUGGCACGGAAACUCGAUUUGGACCAAUUUAUGUUGUACGCUCACGGGUCCGAUUUGUGUCACGAUUUGGAGCUGCGACACGCUAUGGCUAACUGCUUUGAAGCGUUUAUGGGAGCUUUGUAUUUAGAUGGAGGGAUAGAGGUGGUAGACAGGGUAUUUUCGGGAACACUCUUUAAGGAAGAUAAACAAAUACUGGACACUUGGGUUCAACUACCCUUACAUCCUUUGCAAGAGCAAGAACCACAGGGAGACAGACAGUGGAUACCUAAAUUUCAAUUUUUACAAAAGUUAACUGAAUUUGAGAAGUCACUUGGUGUAGAAUUCACACAUAUUCGACUAUUGGCCAGAGCUUUCACAGAUAGAAGUAUUGGGUACACAAAUUUGACCAUGGGUUCGAAUCAAAGAUUGGAGUUCUUGGGUGAUACAGUCUUGCAGCUAAUCGCAUCCGACUAUUUGUACAAGUACUUUCCUGAACAUCAUGAAGGACAUUUAUCUCUGUUGAGAAGUUCCCUAGUGAAUAAUAGGACACAAGCUGUCGUUUGUGAUGAAAUUGCAAUGACCAACUAUGCAGUUUAUCACAACCCCAAAGUCGAGUUGAAAACCAAGGAUAGGGCAGAUUUAUUGGAAGCUUUCAUUGGUGCCUUAUAUGUGGACAAGGGAAUUGAACAUUGCGAGGCUUUCUGUAAAGUUACACUGUUCCCAAGACUUCAAGAAUUUAUAGUGAAACAAGAUUGGAAUGAUCCUAAAUCAAAGCUUCAACAGUGUUGUCUCACUCUUAGAACCAUGGAUGGUGGGGAACCAGAUAUUCCUGUUUACAAGGUUAUUGAAUGCAAGGGUCCAACGAAUACUCGAUUGUACACUGUGGCGGUCUAUUUUAGAGGCAAACGUCUUGCACACGAAACUGGUCAUAGCAUACAACAGGCAGAAAUGAAGGCCGCCAAGAAAGCAUUGGAAAUCUCCCAUGAUUUAUUCCCACAACUAGAUCACCAAAAGAGGGUUAUAGCACACAGCAUGAAAAAGCAAAAGAAACGCAAAACUAAAAGACUCCCUGGUAACAUAGAUGACCAAGACAGUUCGAGUUCUCAUUUAAAUAACAGAAGGCGUAGCAAAAGUAGGUCCAGAUUCAGGUCCAGGUCUAGAUCAAGGUCAAGAUCCAGAUCUCGUUUGAGAUCCAGGUCCAGAUCCAGCUUAAAAUCGAGAUCCAGAUCGAAAAGCCGAUCCAGAUCGAGGUCGAGGUGCAGGUCGAAUUCGAAAAGUCGUAACUCGUCGCCCUACAGUAUCGAUUCCACUUCUAGUCGUGACUCACGAUCUCAUUAUCGGAGAUCAAUAUCUUCCGAUAGUUGUAAAAGUUUAUCGCCGGAUAGAUUUGACAGAAAUUCACCAUGCUCUUCAAAGAAGACUGCGAGUAGUUCGAGAUCACGAAAUAUUAGUCCGUUGAGCAAGCAGGCUUACUCUCCUAAACCGUCUACAUCAACCGCAGACACCGAUUUCCCUGGGUUUGACGAAGAUGUAUUUUAGUCAUUGAAUGUAGAAAUUAUGUUUUGUUCACAAUUCACAAAAUUAUUAAUUUCGACGACCCAAAUUUAUGUUGUAAAGUAGUAUUUCCUGAGCCUGCUAAGGAGGUACUCCACUGCAACGUAAAUUGUUGUCACUGCCCCUUUGUUGUUAAUAAAGUUUUAAUUUUGUUUUAAAUUAUGUUCAUAUAAAUCAGUACCUGACUGAAGCAAACUGAUGUAAGUUUUUUAAUAUUUUAACAAUAUUUUGUUUUAUUUGUUGGUUAACCAGUGGAAUUUUGAUUUAAUAUAUUUAUUAAAAUUGAA